UCGGUUUUCUGGUUUUUUUUUUUUUUUUUGGUGUUUUUUGGUACUAAUAAAUUUACUGGUUUGUGAUCCUCGUUUGUUUUGAUUUUUCUGUUCUACCUGUUUUUAGUUUCUUACAAAACCCAGCAUUUAUUUCGCCCAAUAGAGGAAAACAGACAAGAAGAAGAAAGGAUUUAAAUAUACUCUUCUCUUGAAGCUCCACACAAUUGGCAUCCCAAAAGAUAUAACUAUAAUAUAUAAUAUACAGGCAAGCAUGGAGUUUCUCAUUGCAUGUGGUACUUCGAUUACUGGAAAAAUAGCAGAGUAUACAGUUGCACCGGUUGGCUGUCAUCUGGAUUAUAUCUUCCACUAUAGACGCAAUGUACACGACCUGAAAACAGAAACAGAGGAUAUGAAUGUUAAGAAGAAAAUAGUGGAGGAUUUGGCUGAUGAAGCUAAAAGACGCGGAGAAAAUAUACAAGAUGAUAUUGAAGACUGCCUAACCAAAGUGGUUGAGAUCACCCAAGAUGCACAAAAUCUUAUAGACGACACAAACAUCAAGUGUGGUUUGAGGGGGUGUUUUUCUUAUUUGGUGGCACGCUAUCGAUUCAGCAAGAGAGCAAAAGAGAUUAGGGAGUCUGUUGUUGAAAUCAAGGGCAAGAUCAGGUUUGAUAACAUUUCUUUCCGUCCUAAACUCAAAAAUAUUUUUGAAAAUAAAGAUUACCUAAACUCUACCACAAGAGAGAAAUUUGUGGAUGGAAUUAGGAAGGCGCUGGAAGACAGUAAUAUCAGAAUGAUUGGCAUUCAUGGCAUGCCUGGUGCAGGUAAAACCACGCUGGCCAAAGAAAUUGCCAGAAAGGCCUUAUCAAAUGAUUGGAAUUUAUUCGAUGAUGCUGUUAUUGUUACAGUAUCAGAAACUCCAAUUUUUGAAACAAUCCAACAGCAAAUUGCAGAUAGGCUGGGUCUAAAAUUCGAUGGGGAGAUGAUAUCUGAAAGAGCUCUUCGUCUCCGAAAUCGAAUGAAGAAUGAAAAAAGGUUCCUCAUAAUUUUAGAUGACAUUUGGAAUGAUAAGCUGAAGCUUGAGGAUGUUGGAAUAGUUUUUGAAAGUGAUCAGAAGGGGUGUAAGAUAUUAAUGACCUCUAGAUUUGAGAGAGUAUUGGGUAAUGAUAUAGGUGUUGAUAAGAAUUUCAAAGUUGAUAUUCUUUCAGAAGAUGAAGCAAGAAAUUGGUUCGAGAGCAUAGUGGGCGAUAAGAUUGUUACAACUCCUGCAUUCCAAGAAUAUGGAAAUAAGAUUGUUGAAAAAUGUGGGCGCCUGCCACUUUGCAUUGUAACGGCUGCACAUUCAUUGAAAAAUUGUGAUAAGUUGCCUUUAUGGAGAAAUGUCUGGAGACAACUACAGGGCUCUAAACAUGAUGAAGUUGUGCAAACCGCUAUCAAACUAUGUUAUGAUAAGUUACGGAGUGAUGAAGCAAAGCAAUUACUUUUGCUCUGUUCCCUGCACGAAGAGGAUGCAAACAUAAGCAUGGAGAAUUUAAUGAGAUAUUGUGUGGGCCUAAUCAAAAUGUUUAAUGAUGCCGAUACAUUGCAAGAGGCAAGAGAUUUAGUGUACUGUUUGGUUGAGGAACUCAAAGAUUGCUGUUUGUUGUUGGAUGGUGAUCGUUCUGGUCUAGUUAAAAUGCAUGACGUCGUUCGUGACGUUGCCAUAUCAAUUGCGAAAGAAAAUCAUGAUAUGCAUUGUUUUGGAGAUGGUAGUGAGGUAGAAAAAUUUCUCAAGGAGAAGAAAUUUGAAGACUUGAAAGCAAUUUCACUGCCUAAUGGUUAUCUGGAUGAGUUAGUUUUCAAAAUUGGAAGGUCGGAAUACACACAGCUUCAGUUAAUGAUUUGUAUGUCGAAGAAAUCUUCUCUAAAAAUAAUCCCACGUGAUUUUUUUGGGAGGACAAAAGUGCUUAGGGUGUUGGUUUUCUCCGCGAAUGUAUAUCUGCUUCCAAGCGUGUUUGCUUCACAUUUAUCACCCCUGCAAAAUCUUUGCACCUUGCGUUUACGUGAUUAUGAUGUGAGAUACAUAGCUGAAAUUGGAAAACUCAAGAACCUAGAAAUUCUUGACCUUUCUGGAUCUAAAAUUGAGAAAUUGCCAGGUGAGAUAGGGCAACUUACUCGUCUACGCAUGUUAGAUUUGAGUAAUUGUAUAUGUCUUCAAAUGAUUGAACCUAAUGUCAUACUGCAUUUGAAAUCUUUAGAAGAGUUGUAUGCGGAUGGGUUUAACAACUGGCAUAGAAUUGAUCAAGUAGAUAAUAAUGGGGAGAGAAGGAAUGCGGGUCUUGAUGAGCUAAAACAUUUGGUUCAUUUGACUGCUUUGGAUGUAUCUGUAGUUGACGUCAAGAUGCUACCAGAAGACUUACUCAGUCAGCAAUUGGAGCAAUAUAAAAUUGAAAUUAAUAUCGGAAAAUGGAGACGGCAGAAAGAAAUUAACGAAAGGUCAAGACACUUGCCAAUCGAGCAUGUUUCAAGACAGUUGCAAAUCAGGCAGACCGAAAGCAGUCUAUUGCGCGAGCACGGGCUUGAAAUGUUAAUGAAAAGGUCUGAAGAGUUGUUGUUAGAGGGAUUAAAUGGUGUGAAUGACAUUGUGAACGAGUUAGAUACAGAGGGCUUUCCAGAAUUAAGGAGUUUGGAAUUGAGAAGGAACAACACGAUUCAGCACUUGGUUAAUUCGAUGGGGCAAAUUCAUCUUUGUAUUGUAUUUGGUAGAUUAGAGGCAUUGUUCCUAGAAGAUUUGAGCAAUCUCCAGGAGAUAUGUCAUGGGGAAGUUACAGUAGAGUCAUUCAAAAUGUUGAGAGCCGUAACGGUGAGAAAAUGUAACAGACUGAAGAAGUUGUUGCCGCUCUUCAACGCUAGACAGAUUGAGGAAAUUCGAAUAAGUGAUUGCAAUGCGAUGGAGGAGAUAUUUACUCAUGAAAUACAAGAUGACGUCCAUGAUGAUGAUGAUAACAAGGAAGAGCUUCUUCAGUUGCGCACCUUGGAGUUGAAAAAUUUAUCAAAGCUUAGAGAAUUGUGCUCCGAAAUAUUAUUGAAGAAAAUUGGUUCAUCUAAAAAACAAAAGGAACCAUUUGUUGAAGAUUCCAUCAUGCCUCCUCUGUUCAAUGGGAAGUUUCUUUGUUUCCUGAAAUUGGAGAACAUGGAGUUGCGUGGAUGUCAUGUCAAGAAGAUAUGGGAUGAUCAGUUUCUACCAAGCUCUACUUCUUUCUGUUGCUUAAAAACAUUGGUGGUAGCCAACUGCAAGUUUUUAAAAUGUGUAGUUUCAUCUUCUAUGGUUGCCAACUUUAAACAGCUCUCGCAUCUUGAGGUAAAAGGUUGUGAGGCCAUGGAAAUAAUAGUGAGCAGGGAUGAGAGGACGGAAAAGAUGUCAUUUCCUGAACUAAUUAAUCUGAGCCUAGUGGAUCUUCCGAGACUGUCCAAAUUCUCCUCUGGAAUUUUCAGUGAAUUUCCAAUGUUAUGUGAUCUUGGUAUUGGGAAUUGCCCUGAAUUGAAGACUUUUAUUUCCGAGUCAUCCGAAGAGAAGUCAAACACCACCAUGCCAUCUCUCUUCAACCAAAAUUUUCUUUGUUUCCUGAAAUUGAAGAAUUUGAAACUGCAAGAAUGUAAUUUCAAGAGGAUAUGGGAUGAUGAUCAGCUUGUAACAAGCUCUACUUUUUGUUGCUUAUCGAGUUUGAAGGUAGUCAAUUGUCCCUUUUUGAAGUAUGCAUUCUCAUCUGCUAUGGCUUCGUGUUUCGAGCAACUCCAAUCUAUUGAGGCAAGAGAUUGUGGAACAAUGGAAGAAAUAAUGAGCAAGUUAAAUGAAUGCAUGGAUAACAUCUCAUUUCCUCAGCUUCAGUCUCUGACUAUCUCCCAUAAUGCCAACAUGGUGUCUUUCACCAAGAUAUCAGAAGGCUUAUCUCUCUUUGAUGAAAGGUUUAUUUGUUUCCCGAAAUUGGAGAACUUGGAGUUGCGAGGAUGUCGUGUCAAGAAGAUACGAGAUGAUCAGUUUCCACCAAGCUCUACUUCUUUUUGUUGCUUAAAAAAAUUGGUGGUGGCCAACUGCAAGUUUUUGAAAUGUGUAGUUUCAUCUUCUACGGCUGCCAGCUUUAAACAGCUCUCGCAUCUUGAGGUGACGGAGUGUGAGGCCAUGGAAUUAAUAGUGAGAAGGGAUGAGAGGAUGGAUAAGAUGUCAUUUCCCAAACUAAGUCUUUUGAGGCUAAGGAAUCUUCCAAGACUGUCCAAAUUCUCCUCUGGAAUUUUCAGUGAGUUUCCAAUGUUACGUGAUCUUUAUAUUCGGAAUUGCCCUGAACUGAAGACUUUUAUUUCCGAGUCAUUCGAAGAGAAGGCAAACACCACCAUGCCAUCUCUCUUCAACGAAAAUGUUGCAUUCCCCAGCUUGAAGACUGUAUGCGUUGAAGGCGUGGAUGGGUUAAAGAUGAUAUGGCAAUACGGACGACUCCCUAAUAAUGCUGAAUCCUUUUGCCAAUUGGAAGAUGUAGAAGUUGAAAAAUGUAAGAAUCUAAUGGGGAUAUUUUCAUCUGGUAUGCAUACAAGACUGGGGAAUCUAAAAAGGUUGAAAAUAAGUGAAUGUGAAAUGGUGGAAGAGAUCUUUGAAAUGGAAACAUCAAAUUGUGGGAUAGAAGAAGUUGCUGGUAAGCAGGAAGGAUUGGAGACAGUAGUAUCCCCUGAUGAUGCGUUUGUAUUCCCUCUAUUACAGAAAAUCAAGCUCCAAAGUUUGCCCAAUCUAGUGAGUUUCUAUGCAGGAACACACACCCUAAGAUUUCCUUCGUUAAAAAGUUUAAAACUGACGGAGUGCUUGAAGGUGAAGGCUGUUUCUGGUUCAGAACUUUUGAGCUAUCAAGGCAGGCAUGAGUCACUAUUCUCUACAAUAUUCUCCACCAAAGUUCCAUUUGGUAGAGAUUGCAAAUGCAAAAUAAAACUAGGUAAACUGCCAAACUUGAUGCAUUUGAUGGAGGAGGAGGAGGAGGAGGAGGAGAGCUCCCUGCAGCAGCCGCAAACAUUGUUCAUUCCAGAUAUGAUAGAUAUACAAGUGGUGGAAUGUGAAAGGUUAAAGAACCUGGUACCGUCCUCCAUAUCCUUGCAGAACUUGAACUCCUUGAUGCUGACAGAUUGCCAUGGAAUGCUACAUUUACUAUCUUCCCAUACAGCCAAAAGCAUGACACAACUUCGUUGGUUGGAAAUAAGAAGUUGCAAAAGAAUGGAAGAGAUAAUUUCUGAUGCGGGAGUUGACCAUUCGAAAGGUGGUGAAAUUGUCUUUACUUGGUUAGAUCAAUUGGUGCUCGAUGAUUUACCCACUCUCACGAACUUCUAUUCUGGGAACUAUACAAUAAGAUUUCCAAAUUUAGAAUUUUUGAGUGUCAAUAGGUGCUUUGACAUGCAAAAUUUCUCUAAACAUAGUAUUAUAAGCACCCAACAACUGGAAGAAAUAUCUAUUAAUGGUACUUCUUAUAGAGGACCAGAAUUGGAAUCCAAGUUGAAAUCAGAAUCAGAAACAGAAUCGUCUUCUAAUUGGAUGGUUGGUAUUAAUAGCAUCAUAGCAAAACACUGCCCGAGCCACCAUCGCCGUACUGCAUUACAAGAGCUCUCCACUGAAAAAGAUAUCACUCCGUUAAAUCCGUCUGAAGAAUAGCCAUCUCCUCAAAUGUAUAUCUAUUGCGAGUGGUCUCUGCAAGUAAUUUGGUGUCUUGUAUAUGGAUGAUCAGGUCAUUCCUUGAAAACUUUAAUAUUAUUUUUUUUUUUGGAAUAAAUUUUUUGACGAAUCCCGAAUUUUAGCUAAUUUCCUAAAAAACCACAUUUUGGUACAUUAUUGUGUCUGUUAAUUUUUGUUGGAGAUGUUGAUUGAAAUCCCCAAAAAAAAAACAAGAGUGUGGAUUUUGGAUUGAACAAUUCGAAAUAGAGGAAGACCGAGUGUUUUUAUUCGAAAUAUGUGUUUUAUGUUAGCCUUUUUGGAAAAGCAAAAGAAAA